AUGAUCACAGGCACAUCACUGAGGGUCUUGGUGGAUGGGGGUCUUUUAAGAUCGGCUGCUCGAGGUCCGAGAGGCAGCGAGCGCGAUCCGAGACUGGCGUCGGAGCGGGCGGGCGGGCUCGGUCACGGGCGCAACCUUCGUUUCCGUUCGCACCCUGCGGAUUCGCUACGCGUUUUAUCGCGCGCAAUACGCGCAGUGACUGGUUUUGGCUUUGACCCGCAUACACGAAUUAUUGAAGUUUGA